UUGAAAUUACAAAAUAGAUGAUUAGAAUUUAAAAAAAAAAUUUAAUUUUAUCUUUCUGAUGUAAUGAAAUAUUAAUCUGUAUAAAUCAUAAAUGAUAUUUUAAAAGAAAUUAAAAAAUAAAAAUUCGAAAGUGAUUGCUGGAAAAAAGCUUGGCGGAAGUAAUGCGGGUUUGAUUGAUUGAUAUGGGAGGAAAUAUCUAUUUUCACGCGUAUUUUUGUUUCUAGAGUGAUAUUUGUCCCAUAUAUUAAUCUGAUCCUGACAAAAAGAAAAUAAAAUCUACCGAAACGACGAUUUAAACCUCGAUACAUUAAUGGAUAGGAUCCAGAAUAUUCUAACGUAUCGAUAUGAUAUAAAAUUUUUUUUAUUUUCUUAUAAUAUUUCUUGUAAUUUGUGUAUAUGUGUAUAUUAAUUAUGAUUUGUAUCGAUAGUUUAAUUUUAGAAAUGUAAUUUUCAGUAAUUAAAAUAAUAAUUAUACGUAUAUGAAUAACUUAGACGUACUUUAGAUAUAUUAAUAUUAUAUCAAAAUAAUUAAUAAUUUCAACUUCCAGUCUUAGAUGAUUAUUUUAACAUAACUUCAUGAAUGAAAAUAAUUUUUACGAUUUUGAAUAUUCAAAUUAUAGCUUUUCUACUAUUAUGUAAUGUGUAGUGUCAAGAUUAUCAACGAACCGUUGAUAAACCGUUGAUGAAUGAAAAUAAUUUUUACGAUUUUGAAUAUUCAAAUUAUAGCUUUUCUACUAUUAUGUAAUGUGUAGUGUCAAGAUUAUCAACGAACCGUUGAUAAAUGGUGAUAAGCGAUCCUAACGAACCUCUCCUGUACUCGUAUGCAGUCCCUAAAGAUUUUUUUUUCAACGAUGAAUGAUAUAUAUCUUUCAAAUUUCGUUUGGUGCAAAUAUUUGGAUAUUUAUUUUUUGCAAUUUCGCUUUAAAGUAAAUACUAAAAAUGUUGAUUUUGAUAAUUGUCUUCUUAUAUUGUACUUUUAUUGUUAUAUUAAUUAAUUUUUUUUUUUUUUUGGAGAAAGUUUAUAUUAUUAGAUACUUACCUAUACUAGAAUUUUUUUUUUCGUAAAAGAAAAAUCUAAUUACAUGAUAUAUAAAAAUGUAUAAAUAAAAGAAAAGAAAUUUUUGAGUAAUAUAAUUAUAAUAUAAAAAAAUAUAAGAAAUAAGUGAAAAAGAAAAGAAAGAAUCAUAAAUUGUGUAAUGUUAUACUUAUUUCUGUUAAAAAAUAAUAAUAAUAAAAUAAAAUAUUCACAAUUGAAUGUUAAAUGAUAUUUGGAAGUGAUUUCGGCGUAAAUGGACGUGUGAAGGAAUUUGAAAUAGGCGUGUAUAAAUAAAUAAUUACUUAUUUUUUACUUACUAUUAUUAAUUUUUGCGAAAAAACAUUGACGAUGAACGAUCGUUUUCGUUCUUGCGAUAACUCGUCGAAACAUAUACGUUCAACGCGUGGUUGCCAUUAGAAAUUGAUUUCCAGUUGCCAAGCAACGUUCGGUUUAAGUUACCACCUUGAUAGCCAUGCUUAACCGGCGGUUAGUCGGUCGUAUGUUCCGCCGUAGAACGUUCGAGCAUGGGUCUGACGGAUUUGGAAACAAUACCUGAAACAGGGGCAGUAUUUACAAUCGGACGUAGUAGAUUCGCAGAUAAUGUUGCAUCUCACUUUUUCAUACGCAGAGAUCCAGUAAUUUCCAUUUCUUGUGGAGACGAACAUUCUGCAGUUAUUUGUCAAAGUGGCAGACUCUUCGUUUUCGGAAGUAACGAUUGGGGUCAGCUUGGUUUGGGUCAUAAAAGUCAUAUUAGUAAACCAUCUUGCGUAAAAGUUUUGAAACCCGAAAAGGUAACACACGUCGCAUGCGGACGAGCACACACGCUAAUUUGUACAGUAGCGGAAAAAAUUUUUGCCUGCGGCAGCGAUCAGGAAGGACAACUCGGUCGAGGAAUUUCCGCGAUAGGCGAUUCCACGUGCACUCCCGUAUUGGUAUACGAUUCGGGGCCAGAUGGAUCAAAGAUUGUUCAAAUAGUUGCGGGUUCCCAUCAUUCGCUCGCACUCACGAGCGAUGGUAGCGUCUUCGCAUGGGGUAGCAAUCUCGAAGGUCAACUAGGACUUCCGGAUAUAUCUGGCUUAGUGAACAAACCAACGAAAGUACAUAUUCCAGAACGUGUGAAACAAAUUAAUACGGGCUACUAUCAUUCUAUAUUUUUGACGGAAAAUGGUCUCGUUUACGUGUGUGGCGAAUCAGAAAGUGGAAAAUUAGGAAUCGAUAUCAAUUUUUCUACACAAAUUAUGCCCAAACAAAUGCAAUUACCAAGCCCUGUUAUAUAUGUAGCGUGUGGUGGUCAUCAUACCGUCAUUCUAACAGAAAAUAAUAAUUUGUAUUGCACCGGAAGUAAUUCGAGCGGUCAACUCGGUUUAGGAACAAAUGUAACGGAACUUCAUACACCGAAACUUCUUCCACAAGGCGUAUUAAAAAAUGAAAAAAUUAAUCGUAUUUCAUGCGGAGAAAGUCACACUGCUAUUCUUACUGAAUCUGGCAAACUUUAUACAUGUGGUGACGGAAGACAUGGAAAAUUAGGUUUGGAAGAAAAUGAAAACAAUGUCCACGAACUAACUUUUGUCCAAAGAUACAAAGAACUAUUUAUUUCGAACAUUUCAUGCGGUGGUUGUCAUACAAUUUUAAUUGGUCAGAGACGUGAAACAAAUCGUACUCAAAAAGAAAUGGAUAAUUCGCAAGUGGAACAUAUUCAAAAAAGAAAUGCAUUACCGCCAUUAAAAGUUCCAGUAAACAGGCUACAAAAUGAGAUUCGUGAUGAACGUAGUAACGAAAUAAUUAACGACCGAUUAAAUCUGAGAAAAAAUAUCACGGAAUCAGUAAUGAGUUCACAAGAAACGAUGGAAAUGGCCCCGCAAAAAAUUGAAGAAAAUAUAAAAUAUAUCGAGACUGAUGUUACAAAUAAUGUUAUACAUUCCAUGAGCAAUAUUCAGAUAUCAGACAGUCCCGAGAAUAAUACUAAAAAUCUUGAAAAAUCUAUUAACGAUAUAUCAGGGGAAAAAUCAAACGAAGAGAAAAUUGAAAUAAUAUCGGAAAAAUCGUCGAUUGACUUGGAAGAAUCUAAAAAAUUGGAAAUAGAAAAUGAAAAUGAAGAAUCAAAAAACGACGAUAAAAAAUCAGAAAUAAGAAUAGAUAUUGAGAAGAACGUCAAUGAAAAGUAUGAUUCAGAAUCGAUGAAUAGCGAUGAAAAUAAGAAAAAAAAGAAUGAUGAAACGAAUACAAGUGAACUUAUGACAAAAAAAAUAGAAUACGAUAAAGACAUUAAUAAUGAAAAUAAAGAUAUAACGGAUAAUAUGCAAAUUAAUAGUGAAGAUUUCAAAUCAGAAGCAAUGAAACUGCAAACGGAAUCGUAUAUUGGGAAUGAUAGCAAACAGGAGAUGAGUCCUGAGAAACAAAUAUCUUCUAUUUCAUCGGACUUCACAUCACCGGCAGAAGCACCGAAAUUAAAAGUUGAAAAUGAAAAUUCUUACAUCGAAAUAUCGUCGUCAAUGGAAAAUAAAGAUGAAAACGAUAAAAUAGAAAAAGAAACAAAUAUGGAAAAGGAUAUAAAUAAAAAAUUAGAAAUGAUAGAAGAAAAUGAGCCAGGAAAAUCGGAAAGAGGAGGAAAAUGUUCGAUGAAAAAUACAAAUUCAGGAUUGAGAGUUGAUACGGAGAAAAUGAUAAAAAUUGACAAACAGAACGAAGAGAAGAUUAUCGAAGAGGAGAAAUUGAAGAUCGAUAAUAAUGGUCAAGAUGACGCUGACGUUGUACAAUCGCCACCACCGAGAACUGGUAAAAUGGGGAAGAUAUUUAAAAAUAAAAAGCCGCAAACAAUGGAAAAUGGUAGCAGAAUAACUGGUACUGUGAAUCAAAAAUCUAAAUCAAAAACAUGUACUAUCCUGUGAUCAACAUGUUUUCAAAAAUGCAUCAUACUUUAUUACAUUUUUUACAAUAUGUGCAUAAUAAAUCAUAAAAUUGGGACCAAAAUAGAGGAUAUCAAAAAAAUUAUUUUAUUUGUAACAAAAGAUAAUUUUUCCCCCGUUCUUUUUUUUUUUUUUUAUAAAUGCAAUAACGCUUGUGUAUAUAAUGUUGAAUAACAUUGUAAUUAACGAUA